AUGGAGCUCCCGGCCGCCGGUGAACAUGUCUUCGCUGUGGAGAGCAUCGAGAAGAAGCGGAUCCGUAAGGGACGUGUGGAAUACCUGGUGAAAUGGAGAGGAUGGUCAUCCAAGUAUAACACAUGGGAACCAGAGGAAAAUAUUUUGGACCCUCGACUGUUGGUUGCAUUUCAAAACAGAGAACGACAAGAACAGAUUAUGGGGGUACCGAAAACGUGGACCUAAACCAAAGCACCAUCUUCUGUCGGUGCCAUCAUUUGCUCGUCGUUCCAGUGUGUUGAGUGGCCUUCAGGAUGCUACAGUGGACAGCCAUACUAAGCCAGAUAUGGCAUCUAUAGCAAAGAGCCAGACUUACCAAUAUCAGUUGAACAGUAAAAAACACCACCAAUAUCAGCCGUAUGUCAGUGAUCACUCUGAAAAGCACCACAUGAGUAACAAAAGAAAAUAUUACUAUCAGCUGAAUAGUAAGAAACAUCAUCAUUAUCAACCAGACCCUAAGAUGUAUGGCCAGUAUUCCUCAGGGAAGGAUUCUCAGAACUCUUCUGAUCAAAGCAGACAUAAGGAGUCCUGGACUCAGAGUCGGCCUAUUGAGUUAGAGGCUCCUGCAAAGAAUGGCUUAGGAUUAGCUUUAAAUGGCUUGGACAGAAACCUCUCUAGCAGAGCUCCCACCAGCACAGUUAAAGAAGUGUCUGGAAAUGGAGUUGGGGGCAAAAUGAAAAUUGUGAAAAAUAAAAAUAAGAAUGGGAGAAUUGUCAUAGUUAUGAGUAAGUAUAUGGAGAAUGGUAUGCAGUCUGUGAAAAUUAAGUCUGCUGAGGAGGAUUGUGAAACAGAGCCUGGAAGGACAGUGGGUACAAAGGUCACCUGCAAUGGUGGCAGGACUUGUAAUGUGGUGGAAGAAAAACAAGAGACCUGGAAAAACAGAGCGGAGUCCAAAAUCACAGUAAUCGGGAAUAAAGGGUGUGGAGACCGGAAGACCGCUCCUCUUGCUGGCCUCCGGAGAACCUAUUCUAGCACUGAAUCUGUUCACAACCAGCCCUUGCCACUCACCACCAAGGAGGACAUGACCACAUGGACAAAUGGAAGCAGUUUAUCCAGUAAUAAAGAGUCACCGAAGGAAGUUGUAUAUAUUAACCCUAGAAAAAGGUGCUUGGCUGAGUUGGCAGAUGCUGGAAAUGCCUCCCAAAAAGUACUACCUUCACGAAGCGUUAGCGCUCCUGGAAGACUGGAGAACCAGGGUGGUGGUCAGAGCAUUCUGCCUGUUUCCCCACAAGAGCCGGACAUCAUUCUCUUAGACUCUGACUUGGAUGAACCAAUAGACUUGCGAUGUGUGAAGUCCAGGUGUGACAGUCAACAAGAAAUCACCAACCAUGUUGUUCAAGUGUCUGAAGAAUCCCAGGCCAGUGAACUAGAGGAUGCAAAGGAGGAACCAAGGACCGUAUUCAAACCUUUUUUUGGAAAUAUUGUGAUUACAGAUGUAACAGCCAACUGUCUUACUGUUACUUUCAAGGAGUAUAUAACCAUUUGA